CGCCGUCAUGAGAGCCUCUAUUUACAAUGCGAAUUAAGAAAUAUAGUUAAAUGUGAUGAAUUAUCACCGAAGAACAUCUUUUAAUUUGUUAAUUUAACAGUCUUGAACAUUUAUAUACAAGUUAAAACAGUAUUUCAAGUGUUUCCUCUUCCACUAACUUGUUUUUUGUUGGUCUGGCUACGCCCAUUUCCGGGUGUCCUUUGACAGAUCAGUUGGUAGAAUUAAGUCAUUAAAUUGUAAUUAAAAAUGGAUAAGAUUGUAAAAAAGGAGGAGAUAAAAGCGGAGGACUUUACGGGGAUUCCCUCGCUGAGCCUGCAUGGCAUCGAAGGCGACCCACAGGAGCACAAGGACUACGGCGAUUCGCUUAUAGAGGAGGAGCUAACCGAGGAGGACAUAGAACUUGAGGAUUGGAGUGACCAGGAAUCCGUGGAAUCUGCCGACACCGAGUUGACCCUGACGCAGGCAAACGCUACACAUUACCAGCCCUUCAGCGAUGAGCCGAUGCGCAAGUAUCCCUUCAAGCUGAAGCACAAUGAGUCCGGGAACAUCCUCACCGUGCACCAUACGGUCAAGGAAGAGGGUCAGCAGAUGCGCAUCCAGAUCGGCGCCUGCUGCUUCAACGAGCUGAGCAACAAACUGGUGGUCAUUGACAAGCGUGGCAACGUCUUUGUUUUUGACUUUGUGAGUAAACGCUACUGGCGCCUGGGCUUCCGGAUCCCUAAGGCCAGGCUUAUUCGUCCGUCGCCGCGUCACAGGAGCGACUACAUCGUGGGCAACAAGGAGGGCCACAUUUUCAUCAUUGAUGUGGACAACUCGAUUCUGGGCAGCCAAGGCGAGGUGGGCAGCUCGCCGCCCGACGAGAUCACGUUCAGCAAUCGCCUGAGAAAUCCCCGUGCCGCCAACGUCCUGAUGCGCUUCGGGCGCGAGGCUCUCCUAGUCAAUCUGCAGUCUCUUCAGGUCUCCCACCAGCUGGACUUUGACGAGUCGCGCUACACGCUGAAGUUCGCCGCCUUCUUGCCCAACUCGGACCAGUUCUUCAUCGGCUUCUCCAACGACUCGCUGCACGUUUGGUCCUCGCUUACGCUGAGCACCCUCCGGAUGGCCCAGCCCAUUAAGGCCAGGAACCGCAAGCUGCGACUGCUGCCGGCAGGGGAAUCGAUUCCUGAGAUCUCUCUGCGUGGCUCCGAUGAUAGUGAUCUGGAGGAUGACCUUACGUUCGCUUGCCAGGACCACGACUUUGCCGAUGGCCAGCUGCUGAGCUACUGCUUCACGCCGGACGGCAACAAAAUGUGCCUGAGCACCGUGGACGGCUACCUGCUACUGCUGAGCACGGCGUCCUUCGACCUGGAGAAGCUCUACCGCCUGACCGAUCUGGAACUCCGCCAAUUGGCCUUUCUCAGCCAGCCCAAGGAGCGUGUGGUGUUCGGGAUCACGAGACGUAACCAGGCCGUCAUGCUGGACCUGGCCAAUACAGACCACAAGCUGAUUGUCCAGCCCUCGAAGGCCAUUAGCCUGAGUCUGAGCAGGGAUGGCAAGCUCCUGAGCAUAACCUCCGCUGGCGGGGAGGUCAAUGUGUGGUCCACAUGCCGCCUGUUCAACGGUCUGCAGGUGCAGACCCGUUGCCUCGACCACAUCAAGACCAAGAUCCUAAAGAAUCCAGCACCGCUGCCCCUUCCGCUGGUCUCCUCCAGGGCCAGCGGCUGCAUGAACCCGGAGCUGCGCCAUCUCCUCAAGCCGGAACGGCUGCGGGGCAUGCUCAAGGAGUACGGUUGCUACCCGGAGAAGUACAGGUUCCUGAUCUGGACGUCCCUCAUGGAUCUGCCCUGCAAUGGUUCGCAAUUCCAGGCGCUCUUGAAGCUGGGCUCGCCGCUGGUGCUCCGGAACCAGGCCAAGAAACUGAAGAUUCGCAAUGACGCUCAGCGGCGAUCUGUGAUCAAGAUCUGGAGCUGCCUCUCCCAGUGGUGCAAGGUCCUGGCCCACGCCGAAUUCAUGCCGCACCUGAUCUAUCCCUUUGUAAAGCAGCUGCCCAAGAACGGUCUCGUCUCGUUCGAGGUGUUGGCCACCCUCAUCUUGAACCACUUCCAGCUGUGGUUCGAGUUUCAUCCCCUGCCGCCCGCCAACUACCUGGCCAUGUGCGAGAAUCUCCUGCAGCAUCUGGACGAGGGCCUGUGCAAGUUCUACAAGGCCCAGGAGGUGCUGCCCAAGGACUACGCCUGGCCGCUGCUAAGCAGUGCCUUUGCCGAGGUCCUGGAGGAGCAACAGUGGCUGGUGCUGUGGGACAACAUCGUCUCGGAGCCGCCCUGGUUUCCCAUCUUUCUGGUGGUAGCCUACAACCUGAUCAAUCGCGAGAUUAUCAUCCGGCUGCCUGACCAACGAUCCGUGCUUUCGUUUUUCCACGACCAGAACCCGCUGGACAUCGGGAAGCUGCUCUCCAAGGCCCGCAGGCUGAUGGCCAGGUGCCAGCUGGCGCUGCAUCCGCAGCGCUUUAUGCAGCCCUUCGAGGCCAUUCCGAAGGGCGUCUAUCCAAAGUUCCUCAAGUACCCCAGCGAGUGGAUUGAUCAGCAGGAGGAGCAGGCCGUCUCUUUGCUGAAGCACAACCAGGAGAUGGACGCCCGCAUUCGGCACCUCGAGCUGGAGGAGGUGCACAUCAUGGAGCGGCUGGAGAACGGCCUCAAGCAGGAGGAGCAUACACGGCGCAUCAAGGAGAUGGAGAAGCUCUACCAGGACACCAUACACCGCGAGGAGGAGCGCAUCACGUGCCAGCGGAAGAUGCUGCUCACCUACCAAAUGGAGGUGCGUCACCGCAAGAGCGAGGUCAUCAGCAAGCUGCAAGAGUCCGAGCAGCGGCGCAAGGUGAUAGAGAUGGAGAAGGACAUCGAUCUGCUCAUGCACAGCAUCGAGCGGGAGCGUCGCCGCAACAACCAGCAGAUGCAGCUGGCCGAGGACGAGAUACGCAAUCAGGAGAUGGAGCUCCUGGCCCAGCGCUACUAUUCCGAGUCGGCCGGCGCUCCGUUGGCUCGCAAGUACUACGACAACAUCCAGCAGCUGUGCCGGCAACGGAAUCAGUUGCAGCAGGAUCUGAGAGAGAUGACUAUGGAACAGCUUCGCUCGCCCAAGACCUCUUCUGGCCCGUUUCGUUCCCCGCUGGCGGACAUUGAGAGCUCCAUCCUGGACAUCCAGCGCGAGUUCACCGACAUUGUAAGCUCAGAGACCACACUGACGGCCAAGUGACGUGGAGACAAUGUCUCGUAAUCUUAAUUAGCAUAACAAAUGGCGGCCUUAAGGUACAAAUAAAUUCUAGGCUAGGAAUAUUUACAUGGCAUCGUGAAAAUAAAAUAAAUAAAGGCA